GAACCGUCCUUCUCUUGUCCGUUCUGCGCGUACCGAGCGAAGCAGAAGAGCAACUUGCGCACUCACGUGUACACCAGGCACACUGCCGAGCUCCAGCACAAACAGUGGACUCUGUGAAGGGACUUGUGGUUUGACUUAAUGAAGAACUUCGGUUCAGGCAGCCAUACUUGUGAAACUUGCAACCGCUCGUACAAGUACAAGCAUGGCCUUGCCCAGCACCAGAAGUAUGAAUGCGGCAAGGAGGCGAUGUUCCAGUGUUCCUUCUGUCCACACAAGGCGAAACGGCGGGAGAACUUGCGCAGUCACGUGGUGACCAAGCAUGGACUAGGGACAGGGGACGAGUUGACACAGUUGCUCAAUCCUCAGCAACUCAUCAACCUGACACUGCCAUAAUCAGGCAGUGUUGUUGUCAACUCCGUUUAUACUGUUCAAUUCUAUCGGAAUUACAAAUUUUAUUUAGUUUGAUCUCUUUACAUAGAACAAGUACCGUAUUCUUAAAUGAAAUAAAUAAACAAUAAAUUGGAAAACAUAUUUUUAUAAAAAUUAAAUCAGUUGAUUUUUGUGAUAUUAGAUUAGUAUUGUAAAUUGAUUUUACAGUACAAUGAUUUAUUUGCUGGAAACGUUAUGUUGUUUGACAUUAGCCAUUGUUGUUCAUAAAGUGUGCAAUUUUAUAAAUAUUCAUUACAUUUUCAAAAUUCGUCUUUUCUGACGUUCUAUCUCUAUUUAAGGGUUUAUUAAAAAAAGUGUGUUAUUAAAGUGCUGUUAAUAUUUAAAAAUAUCUGGAACAUAACACAAUACUUCAUUUUAAGUGGUAGUAAGGGAGCAAACUCUUUUUGGACUACUUAAAACAGUUUUUAAUAAGAUAUAUUUUAUUUUAUUUAAAUUGGAACAUUAUUUUGUUUGUAUCAACAUUUGGCUACUCACACUAAUGGUAAUUUAGAAAUAUGGCGAACCUGUACCUGCUACCAGCGUAACAUUCUAGUCUUUAUAAUAUGUACGUAUAUUUUAAUUUUUAUAUUUUGAAUUAGUAAUCAGAGCAAUUAUUAGUUUUUAUAAUUUUUUAAGCACUAGCUGUAAAUAGUUAUUUUUUUGCCACCUUGUUUUCUGACGUGUUGUAGUUAAUGAAAAACAUAUUUCGUCAAGAAGCUUAUGUUUUAUCAUCAAGUACUAAAAAAGGGUCGUACCUACUUUUAACCCGACUUCGAUGUAUAUUGUCAGUCUGUUUGAUACAGGUGGUAAAUUUUAGUUGUACAUUAUACACAUAUUCGGAAAGUUAUAGUAUCGCUAAAAUCUGUUCCUAUGUAAAUUGGUAUGAAUUGUUAAUAUGUAUGUGUAAAACAGUAGUUAAUUUCUUGACAGUAUUAUUUGUAAAAAGGUGUUCAACUGCUGUUGUGCAGAAUAAAAUUGCUUCAAGUAUAU